AUGCAUAAUGUGGUCGAAGUUGACCUCAAACUUAAUAAAUUAACUGCAAAAUUGCGCCAGGGAAAUUUCCGACAACCGCUACGAGGAGCUGGCCGAAGGCCGAGCGACGAGCAGUUGCGCUCGUCGCACAACCAGAGCCACAGCCCCAACUACCUCCACUCGAGGGCCAAGAGUUGCUCAAAAUGUAUCCUCAAAACGACGUACCCAAACCAGGCUCUUCUAUUAAUCCAAAUUCCUCCACACAGGAACGCCAAGUUCUUCCUCUUCGACGUUGCAGCUGUCAAAUGGAAUGUCUUCGGAAUGGGAUCGGUCAUUCUACUCUUGGAAAAGGACAAGACGGCGAGCGUGAUAAUGAAAUCACGCACCAAGAUGUACGCCAACUUUAGCAUGGCAGUUAAGCAUGGGAUCCACAGAAACCAGAGCAUUGGUUUGUAA